CAUGAUAAUAAUGCGGACAAAGACAACAAUUCAAAUGUUGACUUGGAUAAUGAUUCAAAUAACAAUAACUCAAAAGUAUUACGAUAUGACCUGGAAAAAAUGUGUAAAAUUAUGAAAAAAUUGUUUGAAGAAGUAGAAAUAUUAAAUAAAACUGCCAAUUUUAUAUAUAAAAUUGAAAUAGAAGAUAAUCUUCUUACUGCUUUUGCUUUAACACCACCUGACUUAAAUAAUAAUGAAGAUUUAAAAAUAAUUGAAACUAAUUUUCGUCAACUUGCUUAUAUACUUAUUGUGCUGCUUGAAUCAGAUUCUGGUUACUACUAG